UAUAUACAUUAAUGUAUAUAAAAUGCGUCUAUAUAUAUUUACACUAGUUUCCUUUUUUGUAAAAUUUUUAUCUACUAAUUUUGACUAAACUAUUAUUUCCUAAAUUAUAAGUGUUUUUCUAAACUUGCCCAAACGAUUCCCAAACGAUUAGAAUAAUAGAAAGGACGAUUAAAAUAAUAGAGUAGAAUAUAAGAAAUAUUGAAAUGGUUUGCUAAAUGAACGAAAAUGAGAGAAAAGAAGAGUCGACAGCAAUUCAAAAUAGAAAAUAUUCUCAAGUGAGAAAAAGACGAAGCUCGAAACGGAAGGAGACAGCAGAUGCUCCCACCGCUCGAAAUUCAAAGCAGGUCGAAUAGUAGGGCUGUCCUUUACAGGCUCUGUAUGCAGGCGAAGCAGGGUGCAGGUACUACAGGUUGCCUGUUGCCUUGCUGCCGUCUACGUGAGCAUUUGAAUUGGUAUCGUUGUGCAUCGCUGCUGCAAACGCCUAGAAAUAUUCAAGCUGUGAUAUUUUAACCGCACUAAACUGAAGAUAAACACAUGUGGUACUCUCAGAUGAACACAAUAUGGUACUCGCGGGAGAGAGCGCUGGGGAUUGACGGGGAGAACAAGGAGUUUCGUUUUGUGCAGCAAGGGUGCUGCGGCUACAAGGAGAACUAUGUUCCUUGGUAUAUCAAUGCAAGUACAAGUUUCAAACGCGACGAUGAAGACUUGCUAAAAAAUCAAAUGAUUCAUAAAUACGACGAUCCCAGGGACAGCGACGACGAAACGGACGAGGCGGAAUGCGCGCGUGUUCCGCCCGUCAAGCCGCAUAAGCCUCAAGCGCACAUCAUCAAGGGAAUUGUUCACCAGUGCAUGACGUGGGACGUGCUGGAGGCGUCCAUCCGCGGUUAUAUCAAUGAAGUCAACACCAGCAACGUUAGGAUCAUAGCGCGGAAGCUGCUGCGUACGAAUAUCAUUCGCGGUCGAGGUUUAUUCGCGCUGUUUAUCGUCAAAGCACAAACCGCGUCACCGUCGCUCACUCCGGCCUACGCGGCGCUGACAGCUAUAAUAAAUUCCAAGUUUUUUGAAAUAGGCAUGCUGGUGCUGAAGCAAAUCAGUGUGCAGUUCAACCGUGGAUUUAACUUGAACGAUAAAUCUUUAUGUAUAUCCUCGGGCAUAUUCUUAGCCCAUUUAUUUAACCAACAUGUAGUCUGGGAGUUUAUCAUUGUGGAUCCCUUGACUCAGCUGUUGGAAAAGUCGACGAACGAUUCCGUCGAAGCGGCCAUCGAAAUCCUGAAGAUAUGCGGAAUGAAACUGACGCGGAAUGAAAUUAAAUCAAACGUUAUUGUGACCAUUUUUGAUAUGCUAAACAACAUAUUACAUAAAGGACAAUUGGACGAGCGAGUCCAACAUAUGAUUCAAGUUAUGUUCGAAAUAAGAAGAGAUGGCUUUAAAGAUUACGAAGCUGUGCCAGCAGAACUGGACGUUGUAGAAAAGAAAGAUCAAAAGCGUCAUUGGUCAGUAUCAGAACAGAACGAUGAGAGGAACCUGAAAAUUAUAUUAAACAAUUGCAAGUUUGAUCCAAACUAUUGCGCUUCCGAAAAGCAGUACAAGAAAUUGCGUAAAACAAUUCUUGCCAACGACAGUUCGGAAGACGACGACGAAGAGGACAGUAAGGAGGAGAGCUCGGAUAACGAGAGUAGCACUCCGGAAGACGGCGGUGACGAGGAGGACAGAGACGAGGAGAGCACGGAUAACGAGAGUAGCACUCCGGAAGACGACGACAACGAGGAGGACAGGGACGAGGAGAGCACGGAUAACGAGAGUAGCUCUCCGGAAGACGACGACGAGGAGGACAGCGAGGAGGACAGCGAGGAGAACAGCGAGGAGGAAAGCUCGGGUUACGAGAGUUGCAUGGAAUAGACCGAGGAAGAGAAAGAUACGACAUAACACGGAAAUAAAUCUCACGCUUCGACGAUCACGAAGCGCUUUCGAUUUUGCAAAUAUUAUUAAUUGUUAAAAAUAUCUUUUAAUAUAUUUGAAGACAUUUCUAAAGAACAUUUAAAUAUCAAAGAAAAAAGUAAGUAGUAAGUAAGUUCAACUGUGUACCUUUUACUUUUCUAAAAAAA